GUGACCAGAAACAAAGGGCGGGCAAUUUUAAACAGAUCGCUGUUGUGUUCGUUUCACUGAGAGGAAUUGUGAUCAGAUUAUCAGGAAUAUUAACCGAAAUCUCACCGGGCCAGAGCGCGGGAUGAGCGAAGGGACCCCCCGCACCGUAAUGGUGGAGGCGAACCACCUCCAAGGCUCGCAGCGGAGACGGUCUCCUCGGUUUGGUUCCCCUGGAGCUCUGCGGGAAAGCGAGACCAAGAUGGCGCUGGGAGUGAAGCGGUCCAUCACUGUGAGGAAGAUUGUCCCCAGGAAAACCACCACUCUGUCUGAGAACAAGGAGAACACCCCUAAGAGGUGUCAGAACCUUAAGGAAACAAAGGGCUCAACCCCGGAACCCGGGUUGAACCGCUGGACCCCCAAGUCAGCCGGGAAGAAGAGGCAGCAGACCCUCGAACCCACACCCAGUGGCCCGUCCUCCUCAGCCGGGAGAAGGAAGCAGCCGCAGCCCCCCGUGCCGUCCCCCAUCCUGGCCUCCUCUCCCUCGGCCGCCUCUCAGCCCGCAGAUCCACGGGACUCGGUCUGGACCCAGAAGGUCCGCCGCUCCUACAGCAAGCUCAGCGACAGCUCGCUCCAAAGCCCCGGGCACAGAGAGACUUUGUUCGGCUUCGAGAAGCUCAGCACCCCGGAGGUGGUCCGGAGCCGGGUGGAGCUCUCCCGGUCCUCCCUGGAGGUUACUGGGUCAUUCGCGUCUAUGCUAGAGGCCGAUGAAUGCGGACCCGAACCGGACCCGAACAUCCCCGGGAUAGCGGUGGUGAAGGAGAAGCGGAAGAAACGGAAGGUGCAGCAGAUCAACACCGAGGAGCUGGAGGUCCUGGCGGCCCAGAUGAACGCGGAGUUCCGGGAGGCAGAGCAGUUCGAGCUGGUGGUGGAGUGACCGGGGACGGACAGAUUCACAACACCUGAGCUGAUCAGACUGCGGGGCGUUCUGUGUAAAGCUGUUAGUUUAUAGUUAUAGAAACACCGGAUGAUCUUUCUAACUGAAUGGACCAAACUGCAGCUUCCGGUUCUGUUCUUAAUAACAGUUUAUUCUCCAGAUUCUUUCUUCGUUUAGUUUCCAUCCGAACCAGAACCAGACUGCUGGGACACGGACUAUGUAAAUACUGCCGCCAUUUUUAGGAGGUUCUGAAAGAUUCUGGCUCUCUUUCAGUACUUCAGGAUUACGAAACUGGAAUUACAGAUUAUCCAGGAGAUGCUUUUAUUAAACAUCUUAUUCUUGGACUCGUGUCUGGAUUUUCUGUCUGUUUGAAUAAAUCCAGAAUGAAGAAGAUCGGAACAUCUGCUUGCAGAGAGAGCGGUUCUGUGUCAUUCAUUCAUUCUUUACUGUUUUCAUUUGUGUGAAUCCAGUUUUCUUUACUUCUGGGUAAAGCAGAUUUAUUAAAGGAUCUUCUUCAUUUAAACGCAAAAUGUUCACAUAUUUUACACAUUUUUGGCUUAAUUGCUGCUCUGAAGAUAUUCCUUUGUCUAAUUCCUUUUUGUUUUUAUACUCCAGGUGAUGAUUGAUUGCUAAACUAGUUGAUUAUUUUAAUAAUCACUCUGAUUAAUCGUCUCAGCCAUAAACAUUUCUCUAAAAGUUUCAAUAUGGCAUCGUUGGUGGAUUCACCAAAAUAUUAAUAAACAUAAAUCCUCAGAUAUUUUCA